ACCUUUAAUUUACUCCCAAACCAAGCCAAACGAACCAGCGCCGCAGCCCGCAGCGCACCCAUCCCACCAAACAAACAGCUAGCAGGCGAGGCGACCCGCUCCGACCGAGAGCCGAUGCCGACGCCGUACAGCGCGGCGGCGCUGCAGCAGCACCACCGGCUGGUCUCCUCCUCCGGCGGCCUGGCGGUGGCGGCGGCGACGGGGGCACACAGGUGCGGCGAGCACGACGGGACGGUGCCGCCGGAGGUGGCGCGGCACCACGAGCACGCGGCGCCGGGGGGCCGCUGCUGCUGCUCGGCGGUGGUGCAGCGCGUGGCGGCGCCCGCGGCGGACGUGUGGGCCGUGGUCCGGCGCUUCGACCAGCCGCAGGCGUACAAGAGCUUCGUGCGCAGCUGCGCGCUGCUGGACGGCGACGGCGGCGUGGGCACGCUGCGGGAGGUGCGCGUGGUGUCGGGCCUCCCCGCGGCGUCCAGCCGGGAGCGGCUGGAGAUCCUGGACGACGAGCGGCACGUGCUGAGCUUCAGCGUGGUGGGCGGCGAGCACCGGCUCCGCAACUACCGGUCGGUGACCACGGUGCACCCGGCGCCGGGGGGGAGCGCGUCGGCCACGCUGGUGGUGGAGUCGUACGUGGUGGACGUGCCCCCCGGGAACACCCCCGAGGACACCCGCGUGUUCGUGGACACCAUCGUCAAGUGCAACCUCCAGUCCCUCGCCCGCACCGCCGAGAAGCUCGCCGGCCGAGGGGCGGCCUACGGCGCGCUGCCGUGAUCGAAUCGAAUCAGAAUCGCAACCGCAACCGCAAUCGCCGGCCCGUGCCUCCCCUCCGGUGGUCAACUCAAGCCCAGCCUCGGCCGCAGGGGCGUUUCGGUAAAAUCGCGCUCCGAUUUCCGAUUAAUGAAUCCAAAUCCAUGGUGGUGGUGCGCGGGUGGUGGCGGUCGAUUAUUUUUCUCUUGUUCUUUCUCGCUGUUUCUCCUUAUCGCGAGACACCCCCCUUGUAGUAGUGCUCCUAGCUCUAGUCUUCGUUCGUUCCCCUUCGUUGUUCUCGGUAAGAUGAUAAGAUUUGACAGGAAUUGAGGAGUAAAAACUAGCUUGGACCGAUGCAAGACUCAUCAACAUCUCUGUAUAUAUUCUUUCAGUUUCUCGUUGCA